GACACGCCGGCCGUCUUUGGUCGAGCCCUCCGUGCGUCCGCCAUUUCAAAGUGAAACGAAGCCCCCGCCCGAAACCCACCCGUUUCGGGUUCCCCUCCCCUCUCGUCGCGGGGCUCCUCGAAACCCUAAACCCUGACCGCUCUCCCUUUCUUCUUCUACAAACGCUUGCUCUCUCGCUCGCCAUCCCGGUCGCUAGAGAUGUUCUCCCCCGCGGCAAGGAAACCCCAUUUGGCUGCCACGCCCAGUCAGGGCCGGAACCACCCGGAUUCCCCGUCGACGCCUCUCGACGAGACGCGCCCUUCCUUCCUCUCCUCCGCCUCUGUCCCUGGCCGUCCGACCACCGGCACCCCCGCGCCGUGGUCCUCUCGCCUUUCCGUCCUCGCCAGAAUUCCAAUUGUAAAAGGAGCUGAGAAGGGUGGGAGUGGCAAACAAAUUCAACCGGUGUAUGUGGGAGAAUUUCCUCAGGUUGUUCGUAAUGCUCAAGCCAGUCUUCUGAAGAAGGGUUUUGAUAACAGUUUGGUUGCUGGCGGUAUGGAUAAAGAAACAUCACUUGCUUGGAUAAUAUGUGACACUCAGCUCUUUAUAUGGAGCUAUUUGUCAGGCACGGUUCCAAAAAAUUGUUUUGUGCUUGAGUUGCCAUCUUCUGUGGUUGGAGAUAGGAUUGUCGGCGUGAAAUACACAAAUGGUCGAAAUUGGAUGCUUUGUGCUGUAAGAUGGGAUGUUUCUUCAAAAAAAGUAUUUGAGCAGUGUAAUUCUGCUGGCAUCAUCCUCUGUAACCAGGAGACUGGAGCUGUUGUGUAUUGGCCUGACAUUUACUCAGAAAGUUUGAAUGUUCCAGUUGUUAGCCUUUCUGAACCACAAUCAAAAGAAAGUGAUAUUUCUGCUAGACAUGAAAGAUAUCACUCUUUUAUUGUUUCUGCAAUACCCGGUAGUUCUCAAGAAUGUGUUGCUGUAGCUUGUCAGUCAACUGGAGGCCUAUUUCUAUUUAAAUUCUCACCAUCUGGAAUACAUUGCCAAAUGGUUUUUCACAAUGUUUUAUCUGUUAAUUCUAAUAGCUCUUCUCAGAUGAAUGAACUGUGUGCUAGGUCCCUGGUCUGGCAUCCUCAGUAUACUUCCUCAGAUGAUUCUGGUCGUCAGUUUUUCUUGCUGACAGAUCAUGAGAUUCAAUGUUGGAAUAUUGUUUUUAUACCUAAUAUCAAUGUUAAAAAACUCUGGAGUCAUGAAAUUGUUGGUAAUGAUGGUCAUUUGGGUAUUAAGAAGGAUCUAGCAGGACAGAAGCAGAUUUGGCUUUUGGAUAUGCAGUUAGAUGACCGUGGGAAAGAAUUUACUAUUCUCGUUGCCACCUCCUGUAAAGAUCGAGUGAGCAGUUCAAACUACAUACAAUAUUCUCUUUUGACAAUGCAAUAUAAACCAGGUUGUUCUACAAAGACCAGUUGGUCUACGAAUGAAAGGCUUCUAGAGAAAAAGGCUCCCCUUCAGACUGUAAUUCCCAAAGCAAGAGUUGAAGAUAGGGGCUACUUGUUUUCUACAAGGAUACGUGUUGGUGGCAAGCCAUCUGGUUCUGUGAUUAUAUUAUCUGGAGAUGGAACAGCUACUGUUACAAGCUAUUGGAAAGGUUCCUCUCGGCUUUAUCAGUUCGAUUUACCAUGGGAUGGGGGAAAAGUUCUUGAUGCUUCUGUUUUUCCUUCUAUCGAUGACAGUGAGGAAGGGGCAUGGGUUGUCUUAACUGAAAAAGCAGGGGUUUGGGCAAUACCUGAAAAGGCUGUUUUGCUUGGUGGCGUUGAGCCACCAGAGCGGAGUUUGUCUCGGAUGGGGAGUUUAAAUGAAAGUGUUGUAGAUGAAGAGAAAAAAACCCAGAAAACUGGAGGGAAUACUGUUCCUGGAAGGCCUGGUUCUGAAGCAUGGGGAUCUGGAGAUAGACAGAGACUGGCUUUAGUUGGCAAAACUGCUCAAGAUGAAGAAGCGGAGGCUUUGCUAAGUCGUUUAUUUCAUGAAUUUCUUUUUUCUGGUGAAGUUCAAGGUGUAUUUGAAAAACUUAGAGAGAAAGGAGCAUUUUUAAAAGAAGAUGAAACAAAUGUUUUUGCUCGCAUGAGCAAAUCUAUUGUUGACACAUUAGCUAAACAUUGGACAACAACCAGAGGAGCUGAGUUGGUGGCUUCAGCUGUAGUGUCAUCACUACUUCUGGAUAAGCAUCAGAAGCAUCAGAAGUACCUCCAGUUCCUUGCUUUAACAAAGUGUCACGAGGAACUUUCUUCCAAACAGAGACGUUCAACGCUAAUUAUCAUGGAACAUGGUGAAAAACUUUCUAGUAUGAUCCAGCUGAGGGAAUUACAGAAUCUGUUAAGUCAGAAUCGAAAAUACUUAUCUGAUUCUCCAUCUUCUCAUGCACAAGCUGAUGCCUCUGGAUCUCUGUGGAACCUCAUUCAGCUAGUUGGUGAGAAAGCUCGUAGAAAUACUGUUCUUCUUAUGGAUCGUGAUAAUUCAGAAGUAUUUUACACUAAAGUUUCUGAUAUAGAGGAGCUUUUUUAUUGCUUAUCUCAUCAUCUUGAAUAUGUAAUUGGUGGAGGCCAACCAUUUAUUAUUCAGAUGCAACGAGCUUGUGAACUCUCAAAUGCCUGCACAACUUUGAUUCAGGCUGCUAUGCACUACAGAGAUGAACACAGGAACUGGUAUCCUUCUCUGGAAGGAUUAUCAUCUUGGAACUGUCAGCAUGUAGUUCGCUCAGGUCUCUGGAGCCUAGCAUCUUUAAUUAUGCAUCUCUUAAAAGAGGUUCAGGCUACGGAUAUGUCUGUUGAGCAAGAAAUGUGGUCUCAACUAGAAGGACUUACUGAUGUUUUGCUAGAUGCUUACACUAGCUCAAUUACAGCGAAAAUAGAAUGUGGAGAAGAACACCAUGGUCUACUAGAGGAAUACUGUCAGAGGAGAGAUGAACUUCUUGGUUCACUCUAUGACCUAGCAAAAAGAUUGACAGAAUUGAAAUACCAGGAGUCACACUUGAGUGAAGAGGAUCUUGAGAGAAGAGAAGCCAUAUUUAGAGAGCUUACUGAACCUCUUCUCUUGAUUGCAAGGAGACAUGACGGUUAUCAAACACUGUGGCAACUGUGUUAUGAUCUUAGUGAUACAGGACUUCUCCGAACUCUUAUGCACGAGAGUCUAGGGCCAAAAGGAGGGUUCAGUUAUUUUGUUUUUAAACAGCUGAUGACAAGCCAUCAAUACUCUAAGCUGCUGAGGCUUGGAGAAGAAUUCCAAGAAGAGUUAGCUAUUUUUCUGAAGGAGCACAAAGAUCUGUUAUGGCUUCAUGAGUUAUAUUUGAAGCAAUUUUCAUCAGCCUCUGAAACUCUUCAUGCUGUUGCUCUAUCUUUGGAUGAUGGACCUCCUUUGAUGACUGAAGAAGAACCAGAGAUGGUACAGAUUAAAAGGUCGUCUUCUCUUGCUGACAGAAGGCGUCUACUUAAUCUUUCUAAAAUUGCUGCAGUUGCAGGUAAGGACAAAAGUUUUGAGAUGAAGACCAGGCGUAUAGAAGCUGAUUUGCAAAUUCUAAAAUUACAGGAGGAGAUUGUCAGACACUUGUCAGAUGAUAGAGAGGACAUCAAUAGACCCCUCCCUCCGGGAGAACUGAUCGAAGUGUGCUUGAGAGAAGCGAGUAAAGAACUGUGUUUAAAACCUUUUGAAGUGUUUGCAUGGACAAGUUCAUCUUUCCGGAGGUCCAACAGAAGCCUUCUGGAGGAAUGUUGGAAGAAUGCAGCCAGCCAAGACGACUGGAUAGCUCUUAUCCAGGUAUCAACAGCAGAAGGUUGGAGUGAUAAAGUUGUCCUAGAGUCAUUACGAGAGACUGUGCUGUACAAGGCUUCCAGCUGGUGCUAUGGACCUGAGUCACAGAUCCAUGGUGGUGGUUUCGAGGAAGUAAUGCCUUUGCAGAAAGAUGAUGAUGAAUUUUCGAGUAUCAAAGACGAAAGCCUUUCGGUGGAAGGAAUUCUCAUGCAGCACAAAGACUUUCCUGAUGCAGGCAAGCUGAUGCUGACUGCAAUAAUGCUUGCUAAGGUAGGAGACGAUGCUACGGUCGAAGAGCGCGUGGCUAUGGCUAUGGAUUCUAGAUAGCGAGUCGGUGCCUCGUUUCUCAUUAUUCCGAUUCACAAGUUUGGUAGGUCGCCGGUUGGAUUUGCAGGCGGGUUUACUCUUCUUUGUAAAGCCCCAUUUAGUAUGUCUUCUUGGAAGCUUUGAUGUGAUCGACACCAAAUAAUCUAGAAAAGCUUCGUCUUUCCUUUUUAACGCACCUAGUUUUCGAGACAUCAGGCUUUUGAUGCUUAGGGUAACGUGUUUGGUUGUAUUUUCAGGGAGGUUGGUCUAAUGUUUCUGUUGUUAUUCUUGACAAUGAUCACGCCAUAUUAUCCUUCUUAUUAGCCUUA